CCCAGUGCAUUCUGGGAAUGGCAGUCUCCAGGAAGAGGUGCAUGCCGGGAGCGGCAGUUCCAGCCAGGCAGUUCUCCCCCUCCGGAAACUCCCGAGCAGUAGCCGGAAGGUCCCGAUCUAUGCGGCGAGCCGGCCCGGGGCAUGCCGGGAAGAGUAAAGUUCCGUUUCCGGUGAGGGCGGGACUCCGGGUCUCCCGCGCGCGCUGGGGCCCCGCGUGAGCGAGUGGACGCGGAACGGGGCCGCCCUCAGUUGGGACCCGGAGAGGAGACACCCUGCCCCCGGAAGCAGAACCGGAAGCGGAGCCCGUGACCCGGAAGCAGAACCGGGACCCAUAGGGGAGACGCCGCCAUGUCCCUCAUCUGCUCGAUCUCAAAUGAGGUGCCAGAGCACCCCUGCGUGUCUCCGGUCUCAAACCACGUCUAUGAGCGAAGGCUGAUUGAAAAAUACAUCGCGGAAAAUGGGACUGACCCAGUGAACAACCAGCCGCUGUCUGAAGAGCAACUGAUUGACAUCAAAGUUGCCCAUCCGAUCCGACCCAAGCCACCCUCGGCCACCAGCAUCCCGGCCAUUCUGAAAGCCCUUCAGGAUGAGUGGGACGCUGUCAUGCUGCACAGCUUCACACUCCGCCAGCAGCUGCAGACCACCCGCCAGGAGCUGUCGCAUGCACUGUACCAGCACGACGCUGCCUGCCGCGUCAUCGCCCGUCUCACCAAAGAGGUUACCGCUGCCAGAGAAGCGCUAGCGACUCUGAAACCCCAGGCUGGCCUCAUAGUCCCUCAGGCCAUGCCAUCUUCCCAGCCCAACAUCACGGGUGCUGGCGAGCCAAUGGAUCUCGGAGAGCUGGCAGGCAUGACCCCUGAGAUCAUCCAGAAGCUUCAAGACAAAGCCACAGUGCUGACCACGGAGCGUAAGAAGAGAGGCAAGACGGUUCCAGAGGAGUUGGUGAAGCCGGAGGAGCUCAGCAAGUAUCGACAGGUGGCCUCACAUGUGGGCUUGCACAGCGCCAGCAUCCCAGGGAUCCUCGCUCUGGACCUUUGUCCUUCUGACACCAACAAGAUCCUCACCGGCGGGGCGGAUAAAAAUGUCAUUGUCUUUGACAAGAUCUCGGAGCAGAUCCUGGCGACUCUCAAAGGGCACGCCAAGAAGGUCACCAGUGUAGUGUUCCAUCCGUCCCAGGAGCUGGUGUUCUCUGCUUCUCCCGAUGCCACUAUCCGGAUCUGGUCAGUCCCAAGCGCCACUUGCGUGCAGGUUGUCCGGGCCCAUGAGAGUGCCGUGACGGGGCUGAGUUUGCAUGCCACGGGCGACUAUCUCCUGAGCUCCUCUGAUGACCAGUACUGGGCUUUCUCUGAUAUCCAGACAGGCCGUGUGCUCACCAAGGUCACGGAUGAGACCUCUGGCUGUGCUCUCACCUGUGCUCAGUUUCACCCUGAUGGGCUCAUUUUUGGGACGGGGACUAUGGACUCUCAAAUCAAGAUCUGGGACUUGAAGGAACGCACCAAUGUGGCAAACUUCCCAGGGCACUCGGGUCCCAUCACCAGCAUCGCAUUCUCAGAGAAUGGCUAUUACCUGGCCACAGCUGCUGAUGAUUCCUCCGUCAAACUCUGGGAUCUGCGCAAGCUCAAGAACUUCAAGACGCUGCAGCUGGACAAUAACUUUGAGGUGAAGUCCCUCAUAUUUGACCAGAGUGGUACCUACUUGGCCCUGGGUGGCACAGACGUCCAGAUCUACAUCUGCAAGCAGUGGACGGAAAUCCUCCACUUCACAGAGCACAGUGGCCUGACUACGGGUGUGGCCUUUGGCCACCAUGCUAAAUUCAUCGCUUCCACAGGCAUGGACAGGAGCCUGAAGUUCUACAGUCUGUAGCCUCUUUUACUAGGAUCUGGGGGGAUGGGCUGUGUCCUUCACUGUAGUGUUGGGGUUAUUGAGGGGGAGGUAACAUGGGUGGGUGGGGUUAUUGCUUUACUUUGAUGUAUCAAGGGCAGGCCAACCUAGCGCGUCCCCUUCCCUGUGCUCAAAGGCUUUGUUUUUCCAGUUUUAUGUUUGUCUUUCCAGCUUAAUUCUGUUCCGUGACUGUAACAAACAAAAUAGAACCAAACCCAUCCACUAACAGACAGCUGUGAAUGAGAGGCUGGGUGGCAUAGGAAAGGGAGGAUGGGGAAAUGUGCUUUUUUUAUAUAUAUAAGCAGCUAUCUACUUUCAUUAAAAAAAAAAUAAAGAAUGUUGAACCCUC